UCAUUCUGGAGCUAUUUUGUUAAGGGUGCGCUCCAAAUGGGCAUCUUAAAUGGCGUUGUUUAUUCUGGCAUGUUAGUGCUUAUUAUGAAGUCAUAUUAGCUUUAAAGUUUUAUCUAUGAUACUAAGUAUAAUAACUGCGCUGUAACAACAAACUGCCAUGUUUGUUUCUCAUUCAACUCAGUUCCGGAAGCCUCUUCGCCGUGAAGCAAAGUGGUAGCGUCCACAAGGCGCGAGACUCCAAACUGUUCUCGUUGGAAAGAAAUCGAAAACUCACCAAAAUGGAGGAAAGAAUGAAUGAGGAGAACACAGAAGAGGUAAUGCUGUUGGAGGACAACAUCCGGCGUCUCCAGGCAGAAGUGGCGGAACUGCAGCGUCAGCGUCACAGCCUCAAGGAGGACCUCAGCCAACCAAUGCGGGACGCACUAUCGCUGUUGUGCGGACACACGCCACAAGGGGGCGCCCAUGAGGUUCUGUCCAGUCUGAGGGAGGAGGUGGAGCAGCUGAAGGAGGAUCUGCGGCAUCAGAGCCGCAUGAACGGCAUCAGUUUGAGGAGCUGCACUUCACGCACUCUUCAAAGCGGCAGCACAAAGUCAGUGCAGAUGUGUGUCACUGGCCAGUGCUCAGAGUUGGAGUUCCAGGUGGAGUUCCAGCUCUCAGAGGUCAAGAAGGGCGAGCGGCCCGAGAAGAUGAUCAACAGUCUGAAUGUGGUGAUGGGUGCCGGCGCCCUGGACAACUUCAGCAGCUUCCUCUCUGGGGUGGAGGAAAGCAGGGACCUCUUGCUGUUCUUUAGGACACUCAGGACCUUCGCAGACAGGAUGGAUGAGCGACGCCGCACCUUCCAGCACUUUCAGGCUAAAUAUCCCAAUGUGGUGUGUGUUCCCGGCGGUUGCAGUUCAUCGAUGCUCACUCUUCAUCAUCCUCAUCUUCCAGGGUGCACGUUGUUGGUGAACUGGUUUGUGGACGUGUCCAAGGAGGGCAAGGUCACACCGAAAGUGGACCUGCUCACGAAGAUCCCAAACAGAGCGUUGCAGUUGUUCCCGUCUCAGGCCGUAGACGGCGCCGCCGAGGCCUUCCGCGGCCUGACGAGGCUGCUCGGGCCCGAAGCCGCCUUGGAGGAGGUCAUCCGAGCCGCGGGACUCAUUACAGACGACUGAAAAAUGGAAGUGCCAUGACUCAUUAAUUUUCAGUAUUAUUAGUUGUAUAGAGGAUAAACAAUGUAUUAUAUUGUCUGUCCGCAUGUGAUGCAGCACAAUUUGUGUUCAAAUAGCCGUUGGUUAAAGUGUUAAAACGCCGCCACGUACAUGCUAUUCGUUAGCCUGUCUCAGGUGUUUCCCAUUGUGUGUUAGCAUGAAGCUAAUGGACACCAAAAGUUGUUUUGAAUUGUCUUUGUUUUAUGUUUAGUUUGAGUCGGCAGUAGAGAAUGUUGAGGGAAUGCGUUCGGAAUCAUUCGUCCGUCCCUAAACAUCCCCAGUAGGGAUCUUUCUUGGACUUUUGGGUCAACUAAAUAAAAGAAAGGCACGAUAUAGCUUGAGGAGAUGGGAAAGGUGGAGGACAAGAAAGAGGACGAAAAAUGAGAAAGGAGGAGAGGGAGAUGGAGAGGAAAGACGAGACAAAAAGAUGAGAAGGGGAACGCUAAAGAAUGACAGGGAAAAAAAGGACAAACAGAACACUGAUGAAGGAGAAGG